GAAUUCGACUUGUUUUGCAUGUCAAAUCAAAACCUAUCCACUCCAUUUCCCGAUAACGAUCUCCGGUCCUGCACGUGAUUAGCAUGUGAAGAGAAUGAUUUUUUCCCGCCAUCGUUGAUACGAGAUACUAUUCGUCCUGUCUUCUGAUGUGUGUGGUCAGAUUGGGCAUCUGUGACAGAUCUUCAAUCAAUUAAACAAGGAAAAUCGAAUGACUUGCCAAAAUACCUGAGAGUUGAGCUCCCACGCUCCUCCAUGUCCGCACGUUUCAUGCUGUGUUUCAUCCCAAGAUUCUCAUCAAUCGUCUCGCCGUCAUCAAUCUCGAAAAUCCCCUCACAUCUCAACUUCACUGUCCACGAAUUUCACUCGACAAUCACGUCCCAACACCAAUCCUCCUCAAAAUGUCCCCCGACUUCCCCAACCUCCUCUCCCCCGCCUUCCUAACGUUCUCCACCUGUCCUCUCAACCCCACCGCUGAUCCCUCCUCCACUGCAUCCCCUAAUCAGACUGCACCCGGGGAGGCCCGAAAAACAUAUCUUUUAGCAACUAUAUCCCAGAAUAUGACGCUUUCCACCACACCAACUUUUAUAUGCACAGAUUCCGCUAGUGCGUCAUUCGCGCUAACGAUUAUUCUCGAAUCGCCAUUGACGCCUGCACAAUUGGAGGGAAGUGUGAAUGGGAACAGUGGUGGAGACGGACAUGACUUCGAUAUCAAGAAAUUGAAGAAAGGACACACAGUCGUGGUGCCGAACCCGAGAAGGCAUGGGGUCAGAGAGGGAAAACAGGGGUAUGUCAGGUGUGUGUGGGGUGAUCUUACUAUCAUACCAGCAUCUUUGGAUAAACUGUUAGGAAUGAGUGAGAGAUUUAUUAAAGCUCGUGAAAGUAUUGAAGAAAACAGCCGAGGGGAUCUGGUGAUAUGUCACUCAUGUGAGAGGAAGGAUAGUGAGGAGCAGCUUUCAAGGUGUAAAGGUUGCAGUGAGGUUUGGUAUUGUGGCAAGGAAUGUCAAAUUAAAGGAUGGAAUGAACAGGGUCAUAAGAGUGAGUGUAAGGUUUUGAAAACGGUUUGCAACAUGGAUUUGAACGAUUAGACGAUAGAGUGCAAGAGGGUUUCAAUGCCCAGUAAUCAACGAAAGCUGUGGUAGUUGCAAAGGUCACUGUAUUCUAUCUAAUAGGCCAGAAUGAAUCGACGAAAGACAAUGUAACAUGAUAAAGCUAUAAUAAAAGACACAGAGCAAAAGAAAACGCAAUGAGAAAAACACUUCA